AUUAUGUGGGAGUGGCUCAACGAAAAGAUAUGGCUACCAGGUCUACUUCUAGAGACACAGGAAAUAAGAUCAAAGUGAUCCUGGUAGGUGAAAGUGGUGUUGGGAAAACAUCGAUAUACAAGCUCUACGAGUAUGGAACAGUUUCGGAGGUUGCCUGGCCACCAACACUAGGUGUAUACACCAAUGUGGUUAACCUGGUCGUUGGAAAUACUCAUCAAACAGUUGAGUUGGAAAUGGCUGAUACAGGUGGAAGUGAGCAGUUCAGAUCAAUUGCAACACAAUAUUACAGAAAUGCUGAUAUCGCUUUCUUAGUAUAUGAUAUAACUGAUUCGAAUUCAGUACAGCACAUAGAAGAUUGGGUAGAAGACAUUAAGGAAUACAGUGAAAACAAUGACAUAAAAAUAGUAUUGAUUGGCAAUAAGUUAGACAUGGUGAAAGCACGUAAAAUCAAACAAGAAGACAUGUCAAGCUAUGCUAAAGCAAGAGACAUGUUCUUCAUUGAGAUGUCUGCUAAAAAUGCUGAUCACCGCCGAUUAGUUGAUGACCUCAUUCGAGAAGUUGCUAGCUUUAUUAUGGGGCAACGAAUAAGAAGCAGAAGUAUUGUCACUGCUCCAAAUAAUCCUCCAGAUAACUCUCCUCCUGUUCCUUCAAGUGAUCAUUCUCAUAAUCCUUCUGCUACUGAUCUUUCUGCUUCCAAACCGGCAACUGAAAUUAUAAAAUUACAUGAAAAUAAUGGAGAAGAUGGCAAGCAAAAAGUGGAACAAAAGAAAUGCAAAUUAUGUUAGAUAGUAGUAACACCAAGAGUACAUUUUUUAUGUUGUAGAAUUAUAAUGCAUUAGAUCAAGAGUAGAUGAUUAGAUCUA